AUGGCAUCAGAAAUCCCCAACGUCAAGCCCCCCCAAGGGAUGCCGGACGAGGCUAGGCGCUUUUCCUUCUACAAGGACGCAGAAGCGAAAUUCAAGGCCCCUCACUGGGUUGAGGACGAGGUGAAACGGCUUACCCUCUACAAGGAGGCAGUAGCGGCAAUAGAGUUCACUAAAGAGGAACUCGACAAUAUCAUGAGCGAGCUGAAAUCCAACCCCGAGGAGGGUGAGAAAGAUGAUCGUCAGGCAAAGUUGCAUCGGAUGCUGGCCCACUAUAUCGCCCCGACGGUCGGCUCCGACUUCGAGAUUUUCAAUGACUCCAAGAUCCAGCGUUGGCAGACGGCUGAGAUCCCCGACCGCGAGAAAUGGCAUGUCAUGCCUGCGCCAGCGCCGAGUACCCCGCUGCGUAUGAUUGAUGUCGACACCGGCGAUUUGGUGAAUACCACGAGCUGCGGCCCGCUCGAUCAGUAUUGUAUUCUGUCCCAUACAUGGAAAGGCGACGAGAUUACUUGGGAUUAUCUGGUUAAGGCGAAAAAGUCAAACUUUAAAAGCCAGUCGAGCGAGGGAGAUAUUGAAGUGGCCAAGGACAGAAGCGAUAUUGAGGCGGUCAGUGCUAGGAGCGAUAAAAAGGCUUACAAGGCACUUGAAAGGCUCCAGAAAUGUAUCGCGACCUGCCGGAAGCCCAUGGAUCUCAAGGUCCCUGGGUUGGAUUUCCUGGAGAACCCCAGUGUGGAUGUGGUCUUACAGAAAUACUUCCAAGUACAAGCCGCGGAGAGGGACCAUGCAAGGACUUCUAAAGAAGUCCAACAAGUCCUGGACUACUACGUCAGUGCAUCAUGGGAGGCCAGUUACUACAAAUCAAAUUGGAAAUCGCUGGGUGGAAAGUCAUCGUCACAUCCCGAUCAACAUAAUACUAACGAGCAGGAUAGGAACAGUCUUCCCAGAGAGCUAAAGGCUGUGAUCGACCAUCUCCUGUCGGAUGCAGAGCAAAGACAAUAUGCAGUAUCUAAAGACUACGAUACGGCACAAGGAACGCUGUCCGAGUGUGCUGCGAUCAAAGAUUUCUUCAGGAUCAAUCGGGAACUCGUGUACGCGAUCGAAAAGCUGCUGCGAGCACUGUACUAUCGCAAAUCUGCCCGGAAGCUCCAACAAACUGUGAACAAAGCGAAAGGGAUUUUUGACGAGUGUUGGUCCUCCAAGAGUGGCGGCCGACGGUACGUUUGGCUGGAUAACUGCUGCAUCAAAAAGUCCGACGCAGGCGAAUUGACCGAGGCUUUGGCGCGUAUGGGAGAAUGGUAUGCGAAUGCUGCCUUCUGCCUGGUCCAUAUUGAUACCCCACGAUCGGAUACCGAAUGGAUCCAAGAGUGCAAUCAGAUCCUCCUGCCAAACGGGGAGAGGCCCGGUGACUCUGCUCAGUCGAGUGUCGUGAAGACAUACGAAGGGCUAUGGAACAAAACGAAGCUAAAGAUCGAAUGGGCCACCCGUGGCUGGACAUUGCAGGAGCUCGUCCUGAGCCGAGUGACAUAUUACUUUAAUGAGAAUUGGGAGCCUCUACGUCGGGAUGUUGAUGCCAUCGGCCCAUACUACUAUCUGGUCCCGUUUAUCGAACAAUAUCUACGACGGCCUUCUACCUCGCCUAAGGUGAAGGGAGAUGUAAAUUUACAAGAUGGUAUUCAAAAGGCUCGGGAAUUGAUCUCGAAAUUGGGCGAUAUUGGGCUGGAGGUACCUAUGAAUCUGCAAAAAACGACUGCAAGGGGCCAAAUCGGUCGGAUGGUUAACCUGGCCGCGGAGAAGAUGGCUGAGGAUGGACGAGGUGCUCUACAAACAUUGUGUCCCCAUCUGGAUAUGUCAAAGGUUACAGCCAGAAUUGAUGCACUGAACUCUGUCCUCGGGGAUAUCGUUGCCCACCUAAAGCCGGCGAUUGAGGCCGACCGGGAGCAUGUCCGAAAGAUUGGACGACUAUCCCGGCUCCAAAACUGGUGGGACGGAACUGACCCGGUGAAUUCAUCUGCACGGAGCAUCAUAGCGAUAGCAUCCGAACGGAACGUAACGGUUCCUGUCGACCAGGUGUAUUCUCUCAUGGGCAUCUUGGGCGUGCGGUUUCCGGUGUUUCCCGCCGAAGACAUCCCCAAAGCACUCUGCCGAUUGAUUGACGAAGUUGUGGUGACCUCUAACGAUGUCUCCGUCUUUAAUUGGAGUGGUAGGUAUCUGGGGAGUCCCAUCCGCGGGCGAUCAUUGUACCCCCGGAGCAUCGAAGCCUUUCACCAGACGGACGCUGCCAUAACGGAGGUCCGAGCAAGCAUCGCUCAGUACCUCAGGGGUGAACGUUUGAAACGUGGCAGAGUAACAAAAUCCGUGCUGGUGCGCCUACGAGAGCUGAUGGACACGACAACCAGCAUAGACAGAGGAUGCCGUAUCCUGGAAAAAUUACAACAACUUUUUGAAUGUAUUAAGAAUGCACCCUUUGAAGCGAUGGUGGACUGUGUGAAUGACAUGAUAAAUAUAAGGGAGGAACUGGAAACAAAUAUCAACCGCGAGAAAGCGAAUGCUACCAGGAUCAAAGAUCUUCGACAAGCACAGCGCGACGAACAGGUAGAGAAGGUCAGUGCGAGAUUGCGGGAAACGGUCCAGGAACAGGGCCAGAAACUGAAGAAGGUUGUGCCAUCGUCAGUGAUGGGAAUCGGCCGGUCGAUGUCAAAGAGGCUCCCCAGGGGAAUCCUCUACGACCCUUAUGGAGGAAAAAAUGAAGCCAGUCAAGAUCCCCCCAACCCAUCAUCUCCGUCGGAGAAAUUGGAACCUGUUGAAUGGGAUGGGCUACGUCAAAGCCUCGAAGAUUUUAUGAAGCGUCUAAAACAACCGAAACAAGAACAGCAGGAAAACCAUCAAAACAUGCAGCCCGCUGCAGAGGGCAAAGAGCCCUCACAAAAGCCAGACCGGAAGAUGGUGUGUCCUAAUCCAAUUAUUGUGACAUCCGCUGGGGUUCGUGGGGUCUUUGAUGUCCAACGCGUGGUUGUCCAGAUGGAAAGUCCACUGACACUCCGUGCCAAAGUUCACCAGGCAGUCGAUGGGGAAAUGAUUGAAGGUUGCUGUACAAUUAGUACAGGCUUCAGCCGUGUUUUCGUCAGCUUUACGUGCGAGAAGGAAAUACUAGAGGAGCAGCUGGACAUAACAGAGGUGAUUGAGCGCCAGUUAUCCAAAACGCGCAAGGGUACCGGUCGAGAAAAGAACGCCCAGUCAACCCAGCCAGGGGCAAACGAUAACCCAAGCCCUGUUAAGCCCAACCAGGAAGAUACUUCGGACAAGGCAGCCGACGACCUCGAGGAAUGGUCAACAUCAGAAGAGCCAACGCGAAGGCAUUUGUACCGGAUGGUGCAGUUUGUCCAAGAAGAUAACCUGCGCGCAAUUGCUGGCGAGUGGGUACUGGCUCGGUUCUCAGAUGUAGAGGGGGCAGACUGGUUCCUGUGCCGUUUCGAGCUGGGUUCUGGCGAUGAGUUCUAUGCCCGUCGGAUUGCUACCGAUGCCUUUACCUUUGAAAAUGGCAUUCCAGAGGCAGGGCUAAUCGACAUUUGGCAGGAUUACAUGGCAGAGCAGAAGCGUCUCAUGUGCAGCUUCUUAAUUUCAUCCCUGAAAGGUAAGCAACAUCUACAUGAAACAGAUGAAGCUUUGAGGAAAUUAGAAGAAAAGGUAGACGAGCGAUGGGGGGAAGCCUUCAAGAACGUCAGAGAGAAAGAUUUGCCCGCCAAAUUAGUCAAGGAACUGAUCUCCAAGUCAACUAUAACUGAGGCUGGUCUCCUCUUCAAUUCCAUCCGUCCCGCAAUAGCUGGCACUCCUUACUUGGUGUUUGCCAGCUAUCUACAGACAAAGAUCCAUGAGGAUGCCAUUCGAAAGGUCCCUCCCAUCCUCCGUGGCGCAGUCAAAGCUAUGGGUGAAGAAAGACAGCGGUUUCCGAUGAUGUACCACCCCUCCCAGAAUAUCCACAUGUUCUGA